AAAUACUUGCUUGAUAAUAUGGAUCUUCAUUCCGAAAUAAAUAUUUUCGAUUUGUUAUUUGUUUCAGCAUUGUUUUUUAUUUUGAAAACGAAUCAUUCAAGAAUCACAUUAGAUUUCAUUAUAAUGUCUCAACGAGAAUCGUUUUCAACAAUGAAAAUCAUUCUUGCAUUUUGUUUAGCCUGGAUCUUUUUGUUCAAUGAUGUUCGAGGUUGUUUCAUUACUAAUUGUCCACCGGCAGGUAAACGUUCAAUCAUGUCAUCAUCAUUAGGAUCGAAUCAUCUUAUCAGAGAGUGUACACGUUGUGGUCCAUCUUUGUCUGGUCGAUGUUACGGUCCGAAUAUUUGUUGUUCACCAUUGACCGGAUGCAACAUUGGUGGUUUCACUGCAGCUCGCUGUUCGUUGGAAGCAUAUCAUCCAACUUUAUGCACAAAUCCUGGUGCCGUUUGUGGACCAAACGGCAAAGGUAUCUGUGCUUUAAAUGCUACCUGCUGUACAAAUGAUGGCUGUUUCGUUGAUAAAUCAUGUUCACAAUCUUCAAACGAUUCUAUCGAUCUUUAAUUUUUUUUCAAUAUGGCGAUAAUCGUAUUUUAAAAAAUCGUUGAUUUUUUUUCUUUGUUAGUUAAUUUAAUUACGAAUAAUCAAGGGAGAGAAAUAGAAAAGGCAAAUCAAUUUUUUUUGAAAC